CUAACAGGUGGUUGGAGGAAAGAUGAUGGAUUCUGGUCGACUUUGUGCUUUCAUCACUAAAGUGAAGAGAGGGAGUCUAGCAGAUACUGUUGGUCACCUUCGACCAGGAGAUCAGGUUCUUGAAUGGAAUGGGAGGGUCCUACAAGGAGCAACAUUCAAGGAAGUUUAUAAUGUCAUUCUAGAAUCGAAGCCAGACCCCCAAGUGGAGCUGGUUGUGUCCCGUCCCAUACGAGAUUCUCCCAGUAUCUCAGAGAGCACACAUGGACAACUUGAAUCAAGUUCGAGUUUAUUUGAAUCCCAGAAGAUGGGUCGAGCAAUAUCCGUCACAUCUCCCAUGAGUCCCGGGAUGCUCCGCUACUCCCCACAGUGCCUGUCUGGACACGUCUCAGUCAAACUGUGGUACGACAAGGUGGGUCACCAGCUCAUAGUCACCAUCCUGGGAGCUAACUGUCUUAUACCAUGUGACAAAAGCAAAAGGAGAACGAAAACGGUGAAGAAGUCCCUGGAGCCUAAAUGGAACCAGACGUUCAUGUACAUGCCUGUCCACUGGAGGGAGUUUAGAGAGCGCAUGCUGGAGAUCACUCUGUGGGACCAGGCCAGGGUCAGAGAGGAGGAGAGUGAAUUCAUGGGAGGGAUCCUCAUAAACCUGGAGACAGCAUUGAUGGACGACACAGCCCACUGGUACAAGUUGCAAACCCACGAUGUAUCCUUCUUGGCAAUGCCCAACCACUCACCCUACACGCAGAGGAAACUGCUGUCGGGAGAGAGCCCCACUAGAAGGUUACAGAUGUCCCAGAGAAUUAUUGACAGUGAGUUCUCUGAUUUUGACUGCGAGGACGGGAUCGGUGUCAUAGCAGACUACAGACACAACGGCAGGGACUUCCAGAGCUCCACGCUGUCUGUUCCAGAACAGGUCAUGUCCUCCAACUACACCUCCCACUCUGACAUGGCCAGGACCUGGUCAAGGUCGCCAAGUCUUCCCCCUCCACAGAGUCGGAGUUUGGACCACGGCAUGCGAGGGGGACCGUUUUCUUUUAGCUCAGGUCGGAUGGACCGGCAUCGCUUGUCUGAAGACUGCUACUCACCAGACAGGAUGAACACUUACUUGAUCCAAACAAGCACAACUGGUUCCCCAGUGUCUCAUCAAAGAGGACGACAGCUACCCAACGUCCCAUCCAAGGGCUCACUGGAUCGAAAAGAUGGAGAGGAGAUGAAUAAUUCUUAUGAAGGAGGACCAAUGGCGUAUCAAACACCUCACCCCAUCCACUACCGAGUCCCCUCCCCUCUCCAACACCAGCCAUCAAUUCCUGUCCAGCAACAUCCUCCACAACCUCUCAUACGCCAACUAUCUGCCCCUGUACAGUACCAAAACCAGCCCCCUGUAUAUUACCAAGGCCCACCCUCUGCUCAGUAUCAAGCUCCUCCCCCUGUCCAGUCCCCAGCCCCUUCCCCAGCCCCUGUUGUAACCUCUCCUCCAGCCCCUGCCCCAACACCUGCCCCAGUUGUAACCUCUCCUCCAGCCACUGCCCCAGCAGUAUCUUCUCCUCCAGCCCCUGCCCCAACUCCUGCCUCAGUUGUAACCUCUCCUCCAGCCCCUGCCCCAAUUGUAACCUCCACUCCAGCCCCUGCCCCAGCACCUGCCCCAGUUGUAACCUCUCCUCCAGCCCCUUCCCCAGAGCCAGCCCCUGCACCAGCCCCUGCCCCUGUUGUCACCUCUUCUCCAGCCCCAGAGCCAACCCCAGCCACAACUCCAGCCUCAAACCCUGUGCCGCCACCACAGACUCCUGAGCCAGACACUGAGAGAAGCCAGUCUACAGUCAGUAAUGGGAGGAACACACCUGGGGGUACGAGAAAAGAGGUGACGUGGGAGGACCAGCAGAGGAAGGCUAAUGGUGCUUUGAAGGAUCCAUCCAAGGUGCAGACGCUGAGAGGCUCAGACACUGCCAAAUCCUUGGACAGUGAUGUUAGCGAUGUGUCCGCUAUGCCAUGUGCUUCUCGGCUCAGCAGCAUGAGCCACAUGUCUGUCCAGUCGGAGACGGCAAAGGGAAGCCACAACAUCAGUGAGGGCCAGUUGGAGGUGGGGACUUUGGCUGAGGUGGCUGAGGAAGUAGUGGGAGGAGCAGAAGGAGGCCGAGGGGGGGUGGAGGGGGGCGGAAGUGGAGCGGAGAGCGGGGAGGGGGCAGUGUCAGGGGAAGAGGAGGAGGAAGAAGACACAGCAGAGACCAAGUAA